AUGGGGGUGAUGGAAAAAGUGGAGAAUGUACGACCGCCGGGUUUCGGUGCGCGUCACGUACAAACAUUUUUUCUAUUCUUAGCCAUGGUUCUGGCGUACAGUAUGAGGGUUAAUAUGAGUAUAGCCAUUGUGGAUAUGACAGAUUCAGAUAAUGAUGUGUAUUUUGAUUGGAGCUACAGCACGCAAUCUAUUAUUCUCUCAUCCUUCUAUUGUGGCUAUGUGAUAUUUCAAAUUCCUAGCGGCGUUUUGGCGGGAAAAAUUGGCGGGAAAAUUUUAAUAAUCGUUGUUGUGUCCACUAAUGCUAUAUUGUCUUUGAUGCUACCAGCAGCUGGAAAAAUAGGGAUGCAGAUACUAAUCUGCAUCCCCAGGAUCGUUAGUGAGGAUUUUGUAGAAAUUAUCACCCUUCAUAUUAUCUUCUUAAAAAUUCCGUAUCGCUAAUGUGAAUUGUCAAAUUGUUAUAAGAAUUGGUUUAUUCUCUCCGCAGGUAAUACGUUAGGCAUUUUCAUGCAAAACAUUGUAUCGGGAUUGCUGGCUACAGCAUUUGGCUGGCAGUCAAUUUUCUACGUGAAUGGCGCUCUGGGUAUCAUCUGGACAAUUGGCUACGUUAUACUGGGAGCAGCGACUCCGGAACAAUCUAGGUUCAUUAAGCAAGAUGAACUGAAGUACAUUCAGACGUCUUUAGGGAGAACGGAAAAACAGAAGAGUCAUCGAACACCCUGGAAGAAAAUCGUCACAUGCCUGCCAUUCUGGGCAUCCGUGGUUGCUCACUGUGGACAAAAUUGGGGAUUCAUAGCGCUUAUGUCAGAGAUGCCCACGUAUUUGGCUAAUGUGUUGGGCGUGAAACUGAGUAAAAACGGAAUGCUAUCAGCUCUCCCCUAUUUAUCAAUGUAUGUGCUGAGUAUCCCCAUGGGCAUGAUGACUGACUUAAUUAUCAAGCGAGGCUGGCUUAGCGUCAGCAACACAAGAAAACUAUUUAAUACUAUAGGAUUAUGGGGUCCUGCGAUAGCUCUUAUUGGCUUGUCCUAUAUGCCAGAGGGGAAUAUGUUGCUAGCUAUUAUAAUGCUAACCAUAACAGUUGGUAUUAACGCAGGGCAAUAUACUGGAUAUAUGGCUAAGACGGAUUCCGCUGAAUGGAGAAAAUGCUUCUUCCUAUCGUCUGGCGUGUAUUUCUUGACAAACUUGUUCUUUAUCCUGUUCGCAACAUCGGAGAGACAGUCUUGGAAUGAUCCAGAAAACAAUGAAAAAUCUGAUAAUAAAACGAACCGCCUUGACUGA